AUACCAAAUAAAACACCUGAGUGGGGACAAUCGAGAAUAGCACAAGUAGGUAAGCCCAUUUCUUCUCGACGAAAAUUUUUCAUUUAUCUGUGACGCUUCACGUGGUGAAUAUAGAAGACAACAUAACCAAGCAAUCGUAUAAAUAAUUACGUAUGUAAAAAAAACAUUACGUAGUACAUUUUCUAAAAAGUAUAAAUCAAAAUGGGACGCAGGAAGAGUAAACGAAAGCCACCGAGUAAAAAGAAAGCUAUACAACCGUUGGACACACAAUUUAAUUGUCCUUUUUGUAAUCACGAGAAAUCAUGUGAUGUUAAAAUGGAUAAAUCUCGGAGUACAGCAAGAAUUACAUGCAGAGUUUGCUUAGAAGAUUUUCAAACAACAAUAAAUCUUCUAUCCGAGCCAUUAGAUGUAUAUAACGAUUGGAUCGAUGCAUGUGAAAGUGCAAAUUAAUAUAUUUUAAUUUAUAUGUAAGGAGAAAUUUAAUUAAAAUGUUUUAUAUUAGUUUAUAUAUUAUUCGGAAUACUUGCAUUAUAUUUUCAUAUAAUAAUGUCAGGAACUCAAUCGAGAAGUAUUCACGAUGUGCAAACCAGUAUUUUUCCUAGUUUUGUAAUUGUCAUGUUAUAUGUAAAUAUUAUACAACUAUAUAUAUUCCAAUAUUAAUCUUAAUGGUAGAAGAGUAUAUCUGUAAGAUAAUUGUAAUGAGACUAUCUUUAAAAUCUUUAAGAUUUUUUAAAUGUUUUAGUAAUAUAAACAAAAUGAAAUGAC